AUGAUGAAGUGUCGAUUCCGAGCUUGUUUGUUCCCUUUAUUCACCGGAGAACACGGCUUAAUUUCUCUGACAACCAACUCCGAUUUGCUUAACAGAUGUUUUGCUGCACGACCAUUCACCAAUUUCCAGUUAAAGGGGAUUGGAAGGCUGAAUCAGUCUUUACACAGCUGUGCUGAUGAAGAGGAUGAUUUCUCAGAGUUAGGCCCCUCUGUGGAAAAAAGUGUAGGUGCAUUGCCAAUAUUGAUGACAGCAAAACGUGAACCAUUAAAGCUUAAAUCUUCAUUUCAAGCAGAAAAGUGUCAGAACCAAAAAGCUUCACCUUUGGCACCAGAAAGCAUCAAGAAGUUGAAAGAUAUAUUCUUGAAACAGACUAACGGAAUUUCAGCUCCACGUCUCAAACCUGAGAACAACACCAACGCCUUUUGCCCUAAUCUUGCUAAAAAGAAUGCAUCUAACUUGAAAAGUUCAACCUCAGUUACUAUUGAGAAUGUACCUUCUAUUAUCCAACUUCACCAGUUGAAAAAGGCAGUGUCAAUUUUUGGGGAGAUCUCAAUUGCUUCCAUGAGGAUAGUGCCAAAUGGACUCGACUGUUGUGAUAUUGAAUUUGAGAGCGUGAAAUCAAGGAAUAGAGCACUAUCAGAUGGUUGGAUAACAGUGAAGAAGUUCAACCUUCCAAUUCAUCCUUUACAUGUCCUAGAUAUUGUUUCAAUACGAAUUAGUAACAUUAGCUCAGAAACUGACGAUUCUUCGAUAUGUUCAUUGUGCAUGUCAUGUGGUCCUUUGGAGGGAAUGGUGAGGUGCAAAGAUGUCGUGGAUGCCUCAUUUAGCAUGAAAGACAAAUCAGACACACUGAUGAUACUAAAAAAGUUGAACCAAAUAAUUGCGGAUGACUGCAACUGGUCAGCUUGUUUGCAAACUGAAAUGCCCACAUCUGUGGCCAUGAACAAGGACAACAAUGCUGACUGGCACUUGGGGUUAAAGGUUAUCAGUCAAAUAGAUGAGUUGAAGAGGCAAAUUUCAAUGACACGAGUGCUUGCAGAAGACCUGGAGCAUCUGCAUCAUGUCGUCACUCAUUUUUCAAAAAGAAAAGAGAGAGACAUAGGAAGUUAUUGUCAGUUGGAAAGUCAUUAUUUGAGGGAUUUUCUCGAAACAAUCUUGAAAGGAAUUCUUCGGAGUUAUAUUAUGCGUAUCAUAGCUUCAUUCUCUGGGCAAUGUGUGCCUGAGUUGUUUUCAGCUCUUUCGUAA